UCUUUCCGGGCGUUGGUAAGUAACACUGACUAAUUGACCAGGGGACGGCAGACGGGUGGUCCCUGCGCAACUGAAGUCCCUUUUCAGGCUGAGCAGGACGAACAGGAUCCACUCCUCUGUUCACCAGAGAGAAUGAACACUGAUGGUCAGACGGGAGGAGGACGGACGUGUGAGGAGUGUCUGAUGAGCUGAGAUGGAUUCACUGGAGAAUAAACCCAAAACAGGUCGACCCCUAAUCUGGAGGAAGAGGACGUGACGGACAAUUUGAACGUCCCUGCGAUCGAUGGCCGCUCCCGUAACUUUCUCUUGAACAAAGAAGACUUCAUGUUACGACUUCUAGGCCGAGUGUUUGGACUCCAGCAGGACUUCGGUCGGUCCCAUUGAUGGCAGGAGCAAACCCACUGAUCCCAGCUCAGAACACAUUCCACAGUCGGCAGUCUGCUCCGUGCACUCACAGCCUGGUUCAUCACCAUCAACACAUGCAUCAACACACUCAUCAGCUCUGCGCCUUCCCCCCCAUCCUGCACCAGCCCCCCACCAUCCCACAUGUUCCAGCUGUGCAGCACAGACAUUUGAAUCACAGCAGAGGGACCAUGAUGCCUCCUCUCGCUCCAGCCGCCGCCUUUCACACGGCAACACAGACGUCCUGCAGGACAAAACGAGGGAGAUGGGGUUCGCUGCAUGUUUGUAUCGCAUGGAAGAUUUAUUACCACAAACAACUCCAGAAAAUGCAGCAAAAGCUCAACGGUCUCCAUCGAGAGCCGAGCCCUGAGAGUGCGUCUGCCGACAGUCCACCAGAGUCAGAGCAGCAGCUCUCCCACACACAAACAAACUCAGCCUAUACAUGUGAACAGUCAGCGGACAGAAAUACUGGUGACACGUGUGACACAAGAAUCUCCACAUCUUCACCGGCGUCCAAGAGAGAGAAGCUGGAGCAGCUCGUGCACCUGCAGUGGAAAGAGAAGCUCGAUGACGACAAACACAGGAGCCAACAAUCUGACACCACAAAGGAUUCACCGCCUGGAGACGAAUCUUGGGAUCGAGCGGCGACCCCUGAACUUGGCGGCAGGCGCGGCUCACAUGACAGGAAGAGGCGGCUCGAGGGCCGAGGCUUCACUAAAGGGAAAAGGCCGAAGCAGGAUAUUGUGGACAACCAGUUUCCUUAUCCUAAGACGUGGCACAGCAAUCAGUCUGCGUUCAGUGUAACUCACACACACCCGUCCUCCAUCGCUGCACCUGUGCAACACAUAAACUUCAGUGACUUGUCUGUGUUGUACCCUGAGAGCAGCAGAUUUAAUGUUUCCAGCUCGCCCAAAGGUCUCGCCCCUUAUCCAGGGGUACCAAUGCAUCCCUGCCCAACGGCACCAUGGGAGCCAAGCUGGGACAUGACCGGCAGAAAGGCCCUUCACUCCGGGAUACCUGUCGUGGCUCAGAGGCACAAGGAACAUUUACCCGGUUUCUUUGCUCCAUCUCUGUUUGUGCCUCUGGUUCUGAGGAGGCAGGAGGCUGCGUACGUCAGAGGAUGGGACCCGUCACCAAAACCGUCGCCUCCGCCUCCACAGACGGCCGUGCCCUCGCUCUGGCUCUCUGGCACAUGGGGCGCCGAGUCUGCAGGGGCCCUCUGA